GAGAACUCACGUAGUCGGAAAUUACUCCCACAUUUUUAUUUCUCCUCGGCAAAAACCUUCCCUGGCCUCCUUGGACUGCGGGUGCGGCGAGGAAGGGCACGUUCUUCGCUGUCCCACUGGGAGCCAGAGGGAGGUCUCGAAGUUGAGAGAGGGUCAAACACUGUAUGCACCCUUUCCUUUUAAGGUACUCUCUGACAACCCCCAAACCACUUACCUUAUUGCAGCCUGGAUUAAAAAAAAAAAAAAAAACCCGAGGCUGUGUCCUUCCUAUGUCGUGGUUCUGUUCGGUCCACUUAAGCCGGCUACACAAUCUGAUUCAUCCUAAAGCUAACAUACUGCCCCCCUUCAAAGCGGUGGUGUUGUGGGUGGGGCUGAGAGAGUGGAGCUGUCUAUACACUAAAGGUCUUUCUUCCUUUAGGAUUUGGUAGUUGAAAGGUGAAAGAGAACCCUGAGAUCCCCCAGCGAAAAUGUGUUGCGGCCCCUGUGGAAGGAGUCAACUUUCAGGCUGUUAAAGUCCUCAAGUCAUUAGCUUCAGCUGCUGCACUAAAGGGGCAAGCCAGCGCCUCUAAGUGGCUUAGCGCACAAACGAGGCUCCCGAGACGGCCCCGGCAACCCCAUCCGCUCUUCCACCACCGGCUGCACGUGAAUUGCUCUCCGGAGCCCACCUCGGCACAGCCUACGAGACAGCAAUAUCAACACCUCUUGACAUGGAAAUGCACUGAUACAAUAGGCAAAAGAAGCACUCGAUUGCCUCUCCCGGUUCCAGGUGGCCUUAUUUGGGCGAUUCGUUCCUGACCUUAUUCCUGUGAUGGAGGAUUCAGGCAUCCAGCGGGGCAUCUGGGAUGGAGAUGCCAAGGCUGUCCAGCAAUGUCUAACAGAUAUUUUUACCAGCGUUUACACCACCUGCGACAUCCCUGAGAAUGCUAUAUUCGGUCCCUGCAUCCUGAGCCAUACUUCCCUGUAUGACAGCAUAGCUUUCAUUGCGCUCAAGUCCACAGACAAGAGAACAGUCCCCUAUAUCUUCCGGGUAGACACCUCAGCAGCAAAUGGUUCUUCGGAAGGUCUCAUGUGGCUGCGUCUCGUCCAAUCAGCCAGAGAUAAAGAGGAACAGAACCUUGAAGCCUAUAUAAAAAACGGACAGCUGUUUUACCGCUCUCUCCGCAGGAUUGCCAAAGACGAGGAGUUACUAGUUUGGUACGGGAAAGAACUGACUGAGUUACUCUUGCUCUGCCCCUCUAGAUCCCACAGCAAAAUGAAUGCAGGGUCGUCCCCUUACACAUGCCUGGAAUGCAGCCAACGUUUCCAGUUUGAGUUCCCCUAUGUGGCGCAUCUGCGCUUCCGCUGCCCCAAGAGACUUCACAGCGCUGAUGCCAGCCCCCAAGAAGAGCAAGGCGGCGGCGUGGGCACCAAGGAUCACGGGGGCGGGGGCGGUGGCAAAGAUCAGCAGCCGCAGCAACAGGAAGCGCCCUUGGGCCCCGGCCCCAAGUUCGGCAAAGCCGGACCUAUCCACCACUACCCGGCCCCCUCCCCCGAGGGCAGUAACCAGCCCGCGGCAGGCGGCGGCGGCGGCGCCAAGCCCUCCACGGACUUUCACAACCUGGCCCGGGAGCUCGAAAACUCGGGGGGAGGCAACAGCUGCUCCCCCGUCCGGGGCCUCGGUGGCGGCGGCGGCGGCGGCGGCGGCCACCAGGAGGCGGAGCUGAGUCCCGACGGCAACGCCACAGGCGGCGGCAAGGGGAAGAGGAAAUUCCCGGAGGAGGCGGCGGAGGGGGGCGGCGGCGUGGGGCUGGCUGGGGGCCGGGGCCGCUUCACCGAGCGGCCCCUGACCGCCUCCAAGGAGGACUUGGUGUGCACCCCGCAGCAGUACCGCGCCUCGGGCAGCUACUUCAGCCUGGAAGAGAACGGCCGCCUCUUCGCGCCGCCCAGCCCCGAGACGGGCGAGGCCAAGCGCAGCGCCUUCGUGGAGGUGAAGAAGGCGGCCCGAGCGGCCGGUCUGCAGGAGGACGCGGCCGCCGACGGCGGGGGCGCGGCCGCCGAAGACCAGGACGCGGGCGGCGGCGGCGGCGGCUCCUCCACGCCCGUGGCCGCUUCGCCGGCAGGCGCCGACAAGCUGCUGGCCCCGCGGCCUGGGGGCCCGCUGCCCGGCCGGCUGGAGGGCGGCAGCCCGGCGCGGGGCAGCGCCUUCACCUCGGUGCCGCAGCUGGGCGGCGCGGGCGGCAACGUGGCGGGCGGCGGCGCGGGCGCCGGGGCCUCCGGCGGAGCGGGCGGCGGCCAGGGCGCCGCGUCGGACGAGCGCAAGAGCGCCUUCUCGCAGCCGGCGCGCUCCUUCUCCCAGCUGUCCCCGCUGGUGCUGGGCCAGAAGCUGAGCGCGCUCGAGCCGUGCCACCCCGGCGACGGCGUGGGCCCCACCAGACUCUACCCCGCCGCCUCCGACCCUCUGGCCGUGAAGCUCCAGGGGGCCGCGGACCUGAACGGAGGUUGCGGGGCCCUGCCGAGCGGUGGCGGCGGCGGCCUGCCCAAACAGAACCCCUUCCUCUACGCCACCGCCUUCUGGCCCAAGAGCUCCGCUGCCGCCGCGGCGGCGGCCGCGGCGGCCGCGGGGCCCCUGCAGUUGCAGCUGCCCUCGGCGCUCACGCUGCUGCCGCCUUCCUUCACCUCGCUGUGUCUGCCCGCGCAGAACUGGUGUGCCAAGUGCAAUGCCUCCUUCCGCAUGACCUCCGACCUGGUGUACCACAUGCGGUCGCAUCACAAAAAGGAGUACGCGAUGGAGCCCUUGGUGAAGCGGCGGCGGGAGGAGAAACUCAAGUGCCCCAUUUGCAAUGAGUCCUUCAGGGAGCGCCACCACCUCUCCAGGCACAUGACCUCGCAUAAUUGACACGGAAAGGACCCUAGCUUUCCACGCGCGCACAGUCACAGUCAAGCCACCUACAGGAAAAACACGCGAGGACAUCCACCACCUCCUUGUGACCUGAAACAUUGCACCCAAAGACAGACACACACACACACACAUACACAUGCCACCCCAACCUUCUCAUUGACCUGUUUACCCGAGACCUGCAUUAUACACGCAGACACACACACGCACGCACACACACGCACGCACGCACGCAUACAAGACAGGGUGGUGGAUUUUUGAUUGGGUGGGUUGUUCGAGGGGUUUUCUUUUGAAUGCACGCAUUUUCACUUUCCAAAAACAAAGGUACAUUUUUAAAAAUGUCAUAUAUUGCAACAUAUUGAUGCAUUUGUCAUACGUUUCUACUUAAAUUAUUAAGCACUUACGGUUUAGAUGUAAUAAUUAUAUGUAAGGGCAAAAUUUAUUUUAGAUAUAAAGUAAAGGAGGAGGGUGAGAUGCUUUCUGCAUUUCUUGAUGACAGUUUGUGUUCUUACAAAAAAAAUAAAAUAAAUAAAAAGGGGUCACCAUUCAAUUUAAGUUUCCAGGGGGAAGUGCAUGUAUCAUGAAAUGAUUAUGGACUUCAAUGAAGAAUGUCAUCAUUAUGUAAAUAUGUAUUUCCUUUUAAUACAAAGUGUAAUUUUGUGCCAGUGAAAUGGAGUCUGAAUAGUUAUGUGUUUCUUUUAUCCCUGGAAAGAUUUAUUAAACUUUAUAGAUUAUCCAGGUAUGUUGGAUGCUUUGACAAUAAAUGACUAUUUUCUUCAAAGCAA